UCUGCGGAGUGAGGAUGUGGAGAAACAUGUCUCCCUGUUUGGAUUCUCUUGUGGAUCAAAGCCUUCUUCUUCUUCUUCUUGCUGACAUUUUAACCGCGUGAAGAGCGACUUUAAGGACCCCUUUAAAAAACUCCGUAAAUCCAGCUUUUUUGCUAUAACAAUGUCCCAAAACAUUUGCGUGGAAAACUUGGAGGCAUGCUGCAGGUUGAAUGCUGCGAAGGCGCGAGACUGAAACUGAAGCAGAAUGACACGAGCCUGGCAGCAAACUGGAGACGUGCUGUGUUGCUGAAUGGGUGACAACAUCUAGUCACCUCACCUGUGAACACCAUCACAUUGUGCAGGAGAAGUGGCCGUGAUGUACCAGGAGGUGGCCUUCCUGGCAGGGAGCUCCGAGCACCAGUUCACCACCUUCCACUUCCAACCUGUGGAGAACAAGAAGGAGGUCCUGGCCAAAAAAGGUUUGUUCUACAAGCGAGCCAAGCUUCUUCUCCAGCCUCAGCCUCGACAACAAGAUGGAGGAGAGAUCGGCCUUUCUGACUGGGCGGCCAUUAUCAACGUCGGCGGGAUCAAGUACCAAAUCCCUUGGUCUACGUUGGACGAAUUCCCUUUGACUCGAUUGGGGAAGUUGCGAAGCUGCAGCAACGAGGAUGAAAUCAUGGAUUUGUGCGACGAUUACGACAGCAGCCGAAACGAGUAUUUCUUCGACCGAAGUCCGUCGGCUUUCCGCACAAUCGUGUGUUUCUUAGCGGCGGGGAAACUGAGGCUACUGAGGGAAAUGUGCGCCUUGUCGUUCCAGGAGGAGCUGCUCUAUUGGGGGGUGGAGGAGAACAAUCUAGACUGGUGCUGCCUUAGGAAACUGAGGCUCAGACAGGCGGAGUUCAAGGAGCAACAGAGACUGGAGGAGGAAGAGGAAGCAGAGCUAACGACGCCCCAAUCCUGCCAGGAGAGUCCACAACCGCCUGAAAUGGAGGCUCCAGAAGAGACUCGAGCGGGGGGAUGCAUGAGGAGAUUAAGGGACAUGGUGGAGAACCCACACUCUGGUUUACCCGGGAAGAUCUUCGCCUGUUUGUCGGUUAUAUUUGUAGCCAUCACCGCUGUGACGCUGUGUGUCAGCACCAUGCCAGACCUCAGGGAGGAGGAGGAGAGGGGUGAGUGCUCCCAGAGGUGCUACAACAUCUUCGUUCUGGAGACGGUGUGCGUCGCCUGGUUUUCCCUGGAGUUCCUGCUGCGUUUCAUCCAGACUCAGAGCAAGUGGACGUUCCUUCGUACGCCUCUGAACCUCAUCGACGUGUUGGCCAUCCUCCCGUACUACAUCACUCUCAUCGUGGACUCUUUUUCUGUCGGCGGGAAACAAACAGGCUCCGGGAACAACUACCUGGAGAAAGUGGGGUUAGUUCUCCGAGUCCUAAGAGCUCUACGGAUCUUUUACGUGAUGCGUUUGGCUCGACACUCUUUAGGCCUGCAGACACUCGGGUUAACAGUGAGAAGAUGCACGCGAGAGUUCGGACUUUUGCUGCUUUUCCUUUGCGUAGCCAUGGCUCUUUUCUCCCCACUUGUGUUCCUAGCUGAGAGCGAGUUGGGCGCCAAGCAGGAGUUCACAAGUAUCCCCGGGAGUUACUGGUGGGCCGUGAUCUCCAUGACCACGGUAGGAUACGGAGAUAUGGUGCCAAGAAGCAUCCCUGGACAAGUGGUGGCACUCAGCAGCAUUUUGAGUGGAAUCCUCCUCAUGGCGUUCCCCGUAACGUCCAUUUUUCACACCUUCUCACGCUCCUACAUAGAGCUUAAAGAAGAGCAAAAUCGCACCUCGAGGCACAAGCCGGGUUCGCAGGAUAGCACCAAGUCUCAAAACAGUGAAGAUUCUCAAGAGACGGACAGUUAUCAUGGGAUCACUGAGGCCUCGGCUACAUCCCUGCAGAGGAGGAAGUUCAUUGCUGCACAAAGGGCUGCUGACAUUAGACCGAUGAAAACUUAGCUGCUUUGUUUGUGUUUCAUGUGGGACUCCAAAGUUGACAAGCUGCAGGAUUGUGGGAUUUUCCUUCACGGGAGAUUGAGGUCCCGGCUUUGAUCGUGUGAAGCGCUUGUGCUCCAGGGUGUAUCUGAGUUUCUUAAGUUUUACUGAGGAGCUGCAGAGCAUAAAUUUGAACUUGAAAAGACUGCAAACAGUAUAACAUUCAUGAAUAAACAACCAGUCAAAUGAGAUCUAAAAAAAAUGACAGUUCUGUGAUUCACAUAAGUCUGCAAAAAAAAGGGAAAUCCAACACCAAAACAUCACACGUUGUUAUUCAGACCUCAGACUAAUAAUUUAUGUUCCUCACGUAGCUGCUUUUGAGAAUAAAGGUGUUUGCUGAGA